GAUAGCUCCUUUCAUGCGAUUACAUAUACAUAAGUUCCAAUUCCUCUUCUCACUAUAGUUGCUUCGACCUUAUCGGACAGCCUCCAACAUGGAAGAUCUUCCUACUGAACUCCUCCUCCAGAUUGUUGCGUUCCUCGAGCCCUCAGAUCUUGUCCACCUGCAAUAUGUCUCGCGUCGCUUUCUCUCCAUAUCUCGUGAAAAUACUCUCUGGAAGACACUAUGCUUCGAGCAUUCCGUUGCCGAGGUGCGCCGGCGAAGGCAGCUCCUGUGCUCCAAUAUGGAGCCCCGAUUAGCAGAACUCGCACGAGCAUUGGAAGACUCGCCUAUUAACGUGCACGGCCGGAAUGCUCCAAGUGCUGAUAUGGAGGUGCAUCGCACUGCUGCGCGCCAGAAAGCUACUCUUCUCGCGAAUUGGGACCCCUCAUACCCAGAAGAGAAGGUCAACUUUUACCAGGACUUUAUUCAAAGGCAUGCGCCUCAUACUAUGAGCUGGUUUCAGAAUGCACAAUAUGGUCAUAGGGAGCAGAAACUUCAUCACGAAGCGACUGGGAUGGGCAUACUAUUCGAUGAUGCAGGUCAUCUAGCCGAUAAGCUCGUCGCGCCAUUGGAAGACGGGAGUGUUUGUAUAUGGGAUGCGUCGAAAAGCAGCGAAAGGCAGGGUGCAAUAAUUGGCCGGAGCUCAAUUGGAUUACUUUCCGACAAAGGAUCCGACCUGGAUCUGGACACUCGAAUUAAUCAGAGCAAGACGAUAAUGACCGAAACCGGAGCUGUCGAGUGUGUCAGUAUUGACAGUCGACGGAGGAAAGGCUUUUUUGCUGUUCAGAACAUUCUUAACGAGGUCGACUUGUAUACCCUUCAGGUGAUUUCUAGGACUCCAUUCCCGUUUCCUAUCACGGCAUUGUCUGAGGCAAGACAUCCGACGCCUCUCACUGUAGGGACCAAUUGGACACUACAUCUCCAUGACACCAGGAAAGCUCCACCAGAGCCCGACUCAGGCUCAUCGACUAAGUGCGAAUUGAUUGCGGGAACUCCAUCCAAAAAUGACUUCCUACGUCUACAGACUGGCGAUUUUGGUGGACAUGUAUCACUGUCCCAACCAGGCGCAUUGUCCAUCUUGCAUUUGCCAACGGCGCGCGAAUGGGACGGCAAUGGCGAUAUUUGGGUGGGCGGACGGUUUACCAGUUUUCUGAAUUACGACCGGCGAUUUUUCCCUCGUCUUCGGGGUACGGUCCAUUCAGGGGCGCGGCUGUCCUGCAUAACAGCCAUCCCACAUCCCUUCAUUCCCGCCGAUUUGCGCCUCCGCCGUCACAACCCUUCUUCGACCGCAAUCCGUGAAGCCAAAUCAAUUCCUGGUCACACUCUGAUUGCAGCUGGCGAAUACAAAGGCAAAGGGUCUUUGGAGCUCUACAGUCUUUCGUCGGAUCCUGUCCGCUCCAUCAAUUCGUCUGAUAGCCGUGCAACCCGGAACCAGAACUCUUACUACCACAACAGGCAGACGGCAUCAAGCUCUAAGUUGCUCUCUGUAGCGCCUCAUGGUACUCGCCUUGUGUUUUCCGAUGGCGAUGGAAACAUGAAGUGGGUUGAGCGAGAUGGAUUCACUCCUGUUCGUCAACUCAACAUCAACAGCGACGGCCCUGCAGCUCAGCCUUUGAGUGCUUUGAGCGCUGAAGCAAGUGGAGAUAUUGUCCAGAAAAUCUCACCAACGGUCGCGUCCUCGUAUGCCAGCCAUAGCGAAGUACCAUUAGGCGAGGAUAAUCUGAUCAUCUGGACGGGCGAUGGAAAGCUGGGCAUGGUCGAAUUUGGCCGCUCGCCAGCGUUCAACAUCGAGGAUGUAGAUGAGCAGGCUCAAGCAGCACAGGAGAUGGAACAGGCGAAGAAGGAGAGGGAGUAUGGGCAGGAGCUUAGACGGGCGCUUGAGAGGCAAGCAGCCGAGCUGAGGUGGAUGAGGGGUUAUGGGCUGCGAUAGGUAUGCAAUGCAAAGCAGUACGAGCUUAUCACAAGAGCUGCAGUGCCAUUUCAAUUUAACACUGCGAUGGAAAUCCCUGUUUUACAUCAGCACGACUUCGAAGACCUAACGAACUAUAUCGUGAUUAAUUUGAACGGCCUCUUACAUCGUAGGACAGUUCAAAUCGUGUGGUCCUACUACAGAGAGAUGGGUUUUUUCCGAGAGCAAUGGAAAUAUAUAGGCGAGACCCUCCUGUGUCUAACUCUUCUUUCAUUCGGGUACUUGAUACACGUUUUUGCCAUUGUCAAAAAUGCUUCAUCAUAUCCCCGACAACAUGGAGGAAGUGUAUUGAUGUACUUUAGAACAGGCUGAUAUCUCUCCUAGCCACUUCGCCCAGCCGACG